AUGUUCACUCGGGGUCACCACUGUGCAAUGGCUUAUACAAUGGAGAGACUCGAACAAGCCUUGAGACUUUUCCGCAAGUCUAAACGAAGGCUGAGCAAGUGCGGUUUGCCGCAUAAGCAUCUCGAGGACUGCAUCAAAUCCAAGUACGACUUGCGUAUUAGAGAACCAUAUCACGACAAGGUGCUAGAUUUGCUUGAUGAAACUGAUAAUAACGAUUCCGACGUCGAUUAUGACCCUCGUCAAGCAUUGCGCAAGAAGCGACCUGCGCCUACCAAUUCGGCACAAGAGAGACCCGCGAAAAGACGGAAAGAAAAUGGCUUGUCGUCCACCAGACAACGUGACACUCUUCCAAUCACAUUAAAGCUGUCAUCCGCUACAGGCAGGUCUCUUCUCUCCAAAAUCGCCUUUCCCAUCAACCGCGGUCUGGACAACGAUGAUGGUCAUUUCUCUGCCGGUAGUCAACCCUAUCUCCCAACGACGUUGUCGUCAGGACGGCACUCACUUCGCAGUCGUGACAAUAUUCCCAUUCCCCGGAACGCCCGAAGCGGAUCUGAGCCUCGAAGUACGCGGAGUCUACUGAGUCUAGAUCCCGACCAUCCCGCAGCUCGAGGAUUAUGUAGAGAAGAUCAAGUGGACUGUGACCUCAUCAUUCCUCCAGGACAGAAGCGUGGUUGCGAAAAUUGCAAAAGAAAGGGGCUCGUCUGUUCCUAUGACGAGGAACAGGAAGAUCACCGUCUUCCUUGUCAGCAAUGUCAGAAGGCCAAAUUGCAAUGUAUUGCUGGACCGGCAGACGAUAGGCACCAGUCUGAUCCAUCGACUGUGGACGCAUCAGACAAAGAAUCGCCAUGUUCGCCCUUUUCCUCCGUUUCCCUACUGCCGCAAUCUUCGCAGUCAUCUCUCUCCGAGACGAAUUCGAUCAAUUCACUACAUUCGCUCUCGGUUUGUGCAAAUUUGCCCGGUGUCAAAGGGUUUCAGCCAACCAGUUGCCUUUUUAAGACUCCGAGUCAUCGCCUCAAAGAGAGUCGAGCGCGGCUAGAGUCUAUGCUCUCAAAGCCAUGGGAUCCUAACAAUCUGAUCAAAGCCACUCCAGAACCACCGCAGCAGCCACCGGAGAAGAUUCAGUUACAGCCUCCACAUGUCACCAACACACCCAAAGGUAAGCAAGGCAGGACCCGCGUCAUCACGAUGUCUUUUGCACACCCUAUCAACUUUGCCUACGAGCCUCCGGACGAUGACGACUCGAAACCUUGCCAUUGGUGCAAUGAUUUCACGUACGGCAUUUUUGGUCUGGGAGAGGUCAAAGUUGAAGUGAUCGAAUACGAGGAUCAGGAUGGACUCGUCGAAAUUGAGGGAGGGCAUGUGGGCCAGGGCCACGAACCCAGCCGAAUGUGCGCCAUCUGUGCCCUGGAGCGAAUUCAUAUCGUCAACUGCCGCGAACACACUAUUUCUGCGCUGCAAGGAUACGAUCCGCUGAACUUCGACUACGACGCGGCAUUCGACAGUUUAGCUCCACUUCUUCCGGACAGCGGUAACAGCGGCGACAAAAGCAGGCCUCAAGGGCCAAAACAGAUCAACCCCUGGUGCAUGCUGUGUCCGAAUCCGGCCUUCUUCGGCUGCACCACUAUCCAGUCCGUCGAUAAAUUCCAGGAACCUGUUUGUCCAUCUUCACCGUCUGCCGUGGGUUGUGGACUUCUGCUAUGCACGAACUGUGCGCAACUAAUGCAGACAUGUCAAUCCGACAUUUAA